AUGCAGUUAACAAAGUAUCAUUGCGCAGAACACGAUAAUAGACAACAUGAGUUUAUUUGUUAUCAAUGUAAUAGUUUGAUGUGUUCAAGAUGCAUAGUGACCCACAGCAACGAACACCCUGAUCAUUCACUACAAUAUGAACAUAUCGACGACAUCAGACAAUCUUUAAAUAAUUUAUAUCCAACAGACUCUGAUAAUAACAACAACACCAAUAAUAAUAAUAAUAAUAAUGAUACAGAGAGUAAAUUCAAUAAAAAUGUAAGAUUUACAAUCAAUUCAUUGUGGAGAUCAUUAAAAACAUCUUCAUCGAAAUAUCAAUCAUUAUCAACAUCAGAAAGUGAUAUCACACAACACUUUGAUCAGUUACGUCAGUAUAUAAAUAAUGAAGAGCAAAAAUUAAAACAAUCAAUCACCAACGAUAAAGAUACAGUAUUUAAUCAAAUGGAUAAUGAUUUAAAUCAUUUGAAACAUAUUGUUAAUAUCGUUAGUCUAAAUAAUAAAUUACAAAACGAUAAUAAUAAUAAUCAAUGUAAAGAGGAAGAAGAAGAAGAAGAUGUCAAUACUUCAGCAAUGAUCGAAUCAAUAGCAUCCAGUUCAUCAGUACAAUCAUUCAUCAAAGACAAUAGACAAUCUUUACAACUGGUCAGUCAAAGUAAUAAUGAUAUCGAGGAUAGUCUCAGACAAAACAAUAAUUCAAAAUCAACAUUAUUAUUAGAUGUUAUUUAUAACUAUAAUAAUCAAUUCAAAACAAAAACAACAGAUAACAAAAAUAAUAAUAAUAAUCUAGUAUCUUCAUAUGAAGUAACAACAAAACCAAUUGAUUUCGAACCAUUGAAUUCAAUGAUCGAACAAUCAAUCAAACUUACAAAAAUAGAACCUUCAACCUAUAUUCUAUCAACACACAGAGCAAAAGGAGCAACACUCAUCAACCUAUCCAAUAACAGCACCGCCGAAGAAAUCAAAGCCGAUUUCGAUUUCUUUGGUACAUUCCAAUCAGUGGUUACCGUUGGUGAAUAUAUCUAUAUAUUCGGUCCGGGUGACAAUCCAAACAAAUGGAUGAAAUUCUCGAUUAAAACGAAAUCCAUUGAACAUAUCGGUGAAAUCGAGGGAGAAGACCACUGUUUUUACAAAUCGGUUUGCUACGACGGCCUAGAUCAUAUUUAUUUGAUAAGUGGCCGAGAGUUCAGUGAAUCCGACCAGACCUACUCUGCCAGAAUGGAUAGACUCAACAUCAAUACAAUGAAAAUCGAAAGAUGUCCAGAUCUUCCGGAGCUCUGUGGUUACCAAGUAUCUUCGAUGAUCUACAACGGUCAGCUAUACUCAUUGAGUAUGAAAAACAGUUGGUUGUAUCAAUACGAUUUGGCAACCAGCAAAGCAUUACCAGAGUAUUAUAAUUAUAUAAAGGCAUUCUCAGCAUGCCACGACAACAAUGGUAAUUUCUAUAUUUUCGAUGAAGAAGAAAAAAGAUUCGCCAGAUUCAACGUUGAAACCAAAGAAGUAACCGAACUCAGCUUUGUUGAACCCCACGAUGCUUAUUUGAUGUACCAUAGAGAAUCACCAACAUCAAGCUUUAUCUAUUCGAUGGGUGGUAAUCAUGGUAAUUUCAAAUAUUCGAUAGAGGAGAACCGAUCCGAACCAUUCUAUCCAAAUGACAAAUUAGAUAGAAUUUGUUGUGCGUCUGCAGUAAUUAAAUUUUAA